GGAUCGUGCGUCAGUUGCGUUUCGUCAUUGCGUGCGUGAAGAUCGACGACGAGCGAGAACGGCUAGAAAAGUGACAAUUGAAUUUGGAAAAAUUACAAGAGAUUUUACAUUUAAAGUUAAUCAGAAAAAAUAAACUAAAUGAUGAGCGCACGGUCGGCAUCGCCAAAAGUUUUGCUUGAUAUAAGCUAUAAACCAACGCUGCCAAAUAUAAUGGAAUUGCAGCAUAAUGUGAUUAAAUUAAUACAAGUUGAGCAGCAAGCCUAUAUCCAAUCGGGGCAAUAUCUACAAAUGCAACAGCAGCAGCAACACCAGCAACAUCAGCAGCAGCAGCAACAUCAUCAUCAGCAACAACAACAACAGCUUCAUCAUCAACAGCAACCUCAGUAUGCCCCUCUACCCACGGAUUAUGCCGCCUAUGGACUAACAGAAUUGGAUGAUACCGACUAUAAUAUACCCAGCAAUGAGGUCUUAAGCACCAGCAGCAAUCAAAGCUCUCAAAGUGUCAGCCUGGAGCUGAAUAACAAUCAAAAUGGCUUUGAUCAACAGCAGCAACAGCAACAGCAGCAAUUGGCCAAUAAUUCAGGUGGCUCUCCAUGGAACGAGCAUGGCAAAAGAACGCGUAGUCAAAGUGAUUAUGAUUUGCAACAAAAUGGAACCUUAGCCAUGCAACCAGAACAUAAAAAGCUCCUGCAACAGCAGCAGCAACAGCAACAGCAACACCAGCAACAACAACAGAUCUAUGUGGAUUACUUGCCCACCACAGUGGAUGAGGUGGCCUCUUCGGCCCAGCAAAGCAAUUGCAACUCGCCGCAUUCACAUUUCGAUUUUGCUGCCGAGGAGGAGCUGAAAUAUGCCACAACUGCUCUAUAUGCCAAUGGUGGAGCAGGAGGAAAUCCUCUGAAUCCAUCAUCCAAUACCACAACCACUCCACCACAAUUAAUCAAUUUUCCAGCCAAUCACAACAGCAACACGUCAGCAAACUAUAGACAAAGUUUCGAUGCCUAUGAAGCGGCAAAUUCCCUAAAUGGCAGUACCUAUUCCAGUUCCGAUCGUGAUGAUAUUGAAUACGCCCGACAAUCGGCUCUAAGUUCGGUCCAUGACUUGGCCGGUGGCAUGUCGCCAGCCUGCCUAAACGACGAUCUAGAUGCCGAUGGUGUGGAUGAUGAUGGUGUCCUCGGCAUGGGUGGCGGCGGCGGAGGAGGAGCUGGCAAAGCUUUUCGCAAACCACGAAGACGUUUGAAGCGAAAACCCAGCAAAUCCGAGGACACGGAUGAGUUUAGCAAUCAGCGUGUUAUGGCCAAUGUGAGAGAACGUCAACGUACCCAGAGUCUGAAUGAUGCCUUCAAGUCACUGCAGCAAAUAAUUCCAACACUACCCAGCGAUAAACUGAGCAAAAUUCAGACCCUCAAACUGGCCACAAGAUACAUUGACUUCCUUUGCCGCAUGUUAAGCUCUAGUGAUAUUUCGCUCUUGAAGGCUUUGGAAGCUCAGACCUCAUCAGUUUCGGCUGGCUAUGGGAAUGUGACGACAACAACCUCCAUUUUGAGUGCCGCUGCCAAUGGGGCCGAAGCUGAUCUCAAAUGUUUGCGUAAAGCGAAUGGUGCCCCGAUAAUUCCACCAGAGAAACUGAGCUAUCUCUUUGGUGUUUGGCGCAUGGAGGGGGAUGCCCAGCAUCAGAAGGCAUAACACAAUAAUGAAUAUUAAUCCUAGGGGGCUUCCAGUUAUUGCAUAUAUACAACUACAACGUGAAUUCCAGAGCCUUAGUAUCUCUAUCUAAACGUAAAACAAAAUUGAUAAAAUAUAAAACAAGAAAUUGAAACUCUUUCCAUAUUAUCUUAUAGAUAU